AACGUUCUAUUGACGGUGGGCCCACUGUUUUUGAAUGUCACACAAACACAUGAGGAGCGUGGAGAGAAUUGUAGAGACGCUGUUGUCUAGAGAUUCACCAAAACAUGUCUACUACAUUCAGAUUUCAGGAGCAUCUGUAUUGGUGGCUGGAGAACUUGCUUCCAAAUCUUUCGUGCCAUGGUCACCAUCAGAUGCUACAUUCGAUGACUAUGAGGGUGCUACAAAGCUUCGUGAGCUUAUCAGAGCUUAUCCUUCCAGGGCUGUUGACAACUACAUCCUAGAGUUGGCCGCCGAAUUCCAAUCUGUGCAAACGGCUCUCAUAUUCCCGCCUGUCAUUUACGGACAAGGUCAAGGAUAGAAGAGACACCGGUGGUACACUAGGUUUUGAAAAUGGUUUUUAUGUAGCUCCUACAAUAUUCACCAACGCGAAGCCUUCGAUGCGCAUGUGGCACGAGGAGAUCUUUGGUUCCUGUUGUGGCUAUUGCGAAGUUUUCGGAAGAGAGUGAGGCCAUUCAUCUCGCGAACGAUACUACCUAUGGGCUUGGAGCCGCCGUAUUCACAAGAGAUCUCGAGCGGGCCCACCACGUGGCUGCCGAGAUCCAGGCUGGAAUGGUUUGGAUAAAUAGUAGCCAAGAUUACGAUCCACGUGUGCCUUUCCGUGGUGUCAAGCAAAGUGGUAUUGGCCGAGAGUUGGGCGAGGCUGGACUAGAGACUUCCUCACAAAUUAAAGCUGUGCAUGUUAAUAUGGGCAAUAGGCUCUGAUCGAGACUUCAGUAGUAGGAUCGAACACAC